GUGUACAUUGUGUACAUGGGAACACUUCCUGAGGAUGAAUACUCACCUCCAUCUCACCAUCUCAAAAUGCUCCAAAAACUUGUUGGCUCUAAUUAUGCCUCGACUUUGUUAAUUAGAAGCUAUACUAGGAGUUUCAAUGGCUUCGCUGCCAAACUAUCUCAAGCGGAGAGUCAGAAACUGGAAAAUAUGGCAGAGGUAGUUUCUGUGUUUCCAAGCAAGAUUCAUGAACUGACGACAACAAGAUCAUGGGAUUUUGUCGGAUUUGGUGAGAGUGCGAAACGAGAUAGUGUGAAAGAAAGUGAUAUUGUCGUCGGAGUGUUUGACAGCGGAAUCUGGCCGGAAUCUGAGAGUUUCGACGACAAAGGUUUUGGUCCACCACCAAAGAAAUGGAGAGGUUCUUGUAGAGGUGGACAGAACUUCACUUGCAACAACAAACUCAUCGGAGCUAGGUUUUAUAACAAGUUUAGCGUGUCAGCAAGAGACGACGAAGGCCAUGGGACCCACACGGCGUCAACGGCUGCCGGUAACGUGGUACAAGCCGCCAGCUUUUACGGUUUGGCUCAAGGCACGGCUCGUGGUGGAGUUCCUUCGGCGAGACUCGCUGCCUAUAAAGUCUGCGUCAAGGACUUUGGCUGCAGCGACGUAGAUAUCCUCGCCGCGUUUGAUGAUGCCAUCUCCGACGGAGUUGACGUCAUCUCCAUCUCCAUCUCAAGAAACUUUGUCACCAGUUUGCUGAGCAAUUCUGCGGCCAUUGGUUCGUUUCACGCAAUGUCUAGAGGGAUUAUCACGGUGGGCUCCGCCGGAAACUUUGGGCCUGAACAAGGGACGGUGGCAAAUAUAUCACCGUGGAUGGUAACCGUCGCGGCCAGCGCUACUGACCGGCGUUUCGUUGACAGAGUCGUUCUUGGUAACGGAAAAGCUCUAACGGGCUUGUCAGUUAAUCCAGCCAAUUUCAAUGGGACAAAGUUCCCGAUCGUUUACGGCCAAAACGUAUCAAGAAAAUGUCCAGAGUCCCAAGCCAGUUAUUGCGAUAGUGGGUGUGUGGACAGAGACAUGGUCAAAGGGAAGAUUGUCCUCUGCGACAACUUCCAAGGAAACCAAGAGGCUUACUUAGCCGGAGCCACUGGAGCCAUUGUUCAAAACACAGUGAGUGAAGAUGUUGCCUUUGUGCUCCCAUUUCCUGCCUCUUCUCUGGCCUCUGAGGACUAUGAAUCUAUCAAGUCAUACAUCAAAUCUGACGAGAAACCACAAGCCGAGAUACUUAGAACCGAAGAGGUAGUUGAUAGAGAAGCUCCUUAUGUUCCGUCGUUCUCUUCUCGCGGGCCAAGUUCCAUUAUUCAGAACCUAUUGAAGCCUGACGUAAGUGCACCUGGAUUAGAGAUUUUGGCUGCAUUUUCUCCGAUAGGUUCUCCUUCAAGCAACCCUGAGGACAAGAGAAGUGUGAAGUUUAGUGUACUGAGUGGCACAUCCAUGGCUUGCCCACAUGUGUCAGGUGUAGCGGCCUAUGUCAAGACUUUUCACCCCGACUGGUCUCCCUCGGCAAUCAAAUCCGCUAUCAUGACGACCGCUACCCCCAUGAACCUUACGAGGAACCCCGAGCAAGAAUUUGCAUAUGGGUCGGGUCAAAUUAACCCGACUAAAGCAAGCGACCCGGGACUUGUGUAUGAAGUAGAGACAGAAGAUUACCUCAAAAUGUUAUGUGCAGAAGGUUUUGAUUCAGGGUUGCUCACAAAAAUCUCAGGACAGAACAUAAAUUGUUCAGACAGAACAGAAGUGAAGGAUCUUAAUUACCCAACAAUGACUGCCUUUUCCUCUGCUCUUGUUCCAUUCAAUAUCACGUUUAGAAGAACCGUUACUAACGUUGGAUUCCCAAACUCCACGUACAAGGCGAAUGUAGCUCCUCUCCCAUCGGAGAUUCAGAUCAGCGUAGAACCAGAAGUUCUGAAGUUCGGCUUCCUGAAGGAGACGAAAUCUUUUGUUGUGACAAUCUCUGGUAAAGGACUGAAAGAUGGAAGUGUAGUAAGUUCGUCUUUGGUCUGGUCUGAUGGGAGUCACAGUGUCAGAAGUCCAAUAGUGGCUUACUCAAUCAAGCCUCUUGGCUAA